AUGUUCACGGGCAUUGUUGAAGAGAUCGGAGUCGUCUCCGAGCUGAACCCGAACGAUGAGACGGGCGGCACCUCUCUCAAAAUCUCCCUACCGGAGACCUCCAAUCUCCUCGCAGACUGCAACCUCGGCGACUCCAUCGCCAUCAAUGGCGUCUGCCUGACGGUGACUCAGUUCGAGACCUCUCCGCCCUACUUCAAGGUCGGCGUCGCCCCCGAGACCCUCCGCAUCACCAACCUGGGUUCUCUGGCGAAGGAUUCGCGCGUCAACCUCGAGCGAGCCGUCCGCGCCGACACCCGCAUGGGCGGCCACUUCGUCCAGGGACACGUCGACACCACCGCCACCAUCCUGGCCGUCACGCCGGACGGUAACGCCUUGACUUUCCGCUUUGGACCACGUGAUGCGGCUGUGUUGCGCUACAUUGUCUACAAGGGCUAUGUUGCGCUUGACGGGACCAGCUUGACAGUUACCAAGGUGAACGACGAGGAGGGUUGGUGGGAGGUUAUGCUCAUUAGCUACACCCAGGAGAAGGUUGUCGUCGCUGGCAAGAAGCCGGGCGACACAGUCAACGUCGAGGUCGACAUGAUGGCCAAGUACGCUGAGAAGAGCUUGGCGGGCUUCCUGAGCGGAUCCGGAGGUGUCCCCCUCGAAAAGAUGGUGGAACGUAUCGUCGCUGCGGGACUGGGUGGAAAGUCUUGA